CUCCCGUCUCACACACAGAACAACGCGUCCCCCGGCCGCAGACGUAGCGCGCGCGCGUGCGAGUGCAUCUUCCGGAUCGGACGCCGCGGGGCAGACCUAAAACACUCGCCAGGACGAGCAGAGACGCGCAGAGCCGGGCAUUACUGACGUGGACGUCAUGCCUCUCCCAGAGCUCCUCUUCCACGCUCACUCCCUUGCUGUCGCUUGAGUCGAGGGGCGCCGGAGCGAAAAAGAAGCUAUUAAUAGGCUGGCAGCGGACGGCCCCGAUGGAGAUCGCCCGGGACGGACGCAGAUGGGAAGCGAUGCUGAAACGGAGCGGCCCGGACUCGCCCCGCUAUCUCGAGCGCGGCCCCGUCCGCGUUUAAAGCUCGCCCGCGAGACGCCGCCAGAGGCCUUCUCCACCCUCCCCUCCUCACCCCGAGGCCGCACGAGAAACGCAGCGCUCCGGUUCUCUGGAUGCGCCGCGGUGGCUGCCGAGUCCGCAGCCUUUCCCCUCUGGCAAAACUUCCUCUGGUACAUUCUCGGGGCUUCUCUCCCCUCCCCCUGCGCCCCUCCCACGCACCCUCCCUCUCUCCCUUCGAGCUGUCCCACCGCCGGCGGUGCUUGCCAGCGCACCAACUCCGGGAACACAGCGUGUCGAACCCGCGAUGGAAUGUAGUCCGCGGGCUUCAGGAGCCGAGGAGACCUCCCGUUUCCCAGGCGCCCCGUUCCAGACGUCGCACGGUGCCCCAGGGCUGCUGUCGGAGCCUCGCGUGCAGCGGGAGAGACUCGUGUGCUUGGACUGACACUAAGCUCUCUAGAUCGUCACGUGACCACGAGCCCAAGAUGCGACGCUUUAAUAAGCUCAAAAAGACAUUCCCUUUCCUUGCACACUUCCAUGUUUACAGAAAGCUGGGCAGCAUGCAGUGUGAGGAGGGCACCGAGUGGCUGCUGGAGCUCCUGAUGGAGGUGCAGCUGCAGCAGUACUUCCUGCGCCUCCGCGACGACCUCAACGUCACGCGCCUCUCACACUUCGACUACGUCAAGAACGAGGACCUGGAGAAGAUCGGCAUGGGACGGCCUGGCCAGAGAAGAUUGUGGGAGGCAGUGAGGAGGCGAAAGGCGAUGUGCAAGCGCAAGUCUUGGAUGAGUAAGGUGUUCAGCGGGAAGCGCCCGGACGGAGACUUCCAGCCGCCGCAGCCGGCCAGCACCUUCCGGAAGCCGUCGCCGCAGCCCGCGGAGGCCCAGCAGCAGGCGCUCACCUGCCUGAUCGGCGAGAAGGAGCUGGCGCUGUGCGAGAAGCUCGGGGACGGCACCUUCGGCGUGGUCAAGCGUGGCGAGUGGCUGGCCCCCGGCGGAAAAGUGAUGAAUGUUGCAGUAAAGUGUCUGAAGACAGAUGUACUGAACCAGCCAGACGCUCUGGAUGAUUUCAUCUGUGAAGUCAAUGCCAUGCACUCCCUCGACCACCAGAACCUCAUUCGCCUUUAUGGAGUUGUGCUUACACACCCCAUGAAGAUGGUGACGGAGCUGGCUCCCCUCGGCUCCCUGCUGGACCGCUUGCGGAAGAACCAGGGCCACUUCCUUAUCUCCACCUUGUGCCAGUAUGCCAUCCAGAUUGCCAACGGCAUGGCCUACCUGGAGUCCAAACGCUUCAUCCACCGCGACCUGGCCGCCCGCAACAUCCUGCUGGCCUCCAGCGAGCAGGUCAAGAUCGGGGACUUCGGCCUGAUGAGGGCGCUGCCCAAGAACGACGAUCACUACGUCAUGCAGGAGCACCGCAAAGUCCCCUUCGCCUGGUGUGCCCCAGAGAGUUUGAAGACGCGCACCUUUUCCCAUGCCACUGACACGUGGAUGUUUGGGGUGACGCUGUGGGAGAUGUGCACCUAUGGCCAGGAGCCGUGGCUGGGCCUCAACGGCAGUCAGAUCCUCCACAAGAUCGACAAGGAGGGCGAGCGGCUGGCCAAGCCCGAGGACUGCCCACAGGACGUCUACAACGUCAUGCUGCAGUGCUGGGCGCAGAAACCCGACGACAGGCCCACCUUCCUGGCGCUGCGGGAGUUCCUGGUGGAGACCAUGCCCACCGACAUGAGGGCGCUGCAGGACUUCGACGAGCCCGACAAGCUGCACAUCCAGAUGAACGACGUCAUCACCAUCAUUGAGGGCAGGGCGGAGAACUACUGGUGGCGCGGGCAGAACAAGCGCACCCUGCAGGUGGGGCAGUUCCCCCGCAACACCGUCACGUCCGUGGCGGGCCUGUCGGCGCACGACAUCAGCCGCCCCCUGAAGAACAGCUUCAUCCACACGGGCCACGGCGACACCGACCCGGAGCGCUGCUGGGGACGGCCGGACCGCAUCGACGAUCUGUAUCUGGGGAAUCCCAUGGACCCUCCGGAUGUGCUCGGGGUUGAUCUGAGUGCUCCCAGACCCACACAGCUCCCUGGGCGAGCUAAGAAGGAGCCUCCCCCUCGGCCCCCUCAGCCGAUCGUGCUCAUCAAGAAGCCACCCUACGAUCCCGUUACUGAAGACGAGGACCCUACUUCCUUUGGCCUGAGGAGACUCUCUUUGAGGAAGGCCAGCAUGAAGGGCCUGAAACUGAAGCCGUCCACCUGGGUCGCAGCCACGAAGCUGGGUGACCGGUCUGUCUACGGCCUCCGGACACCAGGGGGCAGCACCCCCACUGAGGUCUCUCUCAUAGACUUUGGAGAGGAGACCCCCUCAAUGACCCCCUCCCCCAUGGCGGAGAUUCCUACCCUCGCCAGACUUGCUAUGGAGGCGGAGAAUAUCAUGGACAGAACUCCGCCCCAGAGUCCCUCCCGCUCUCUGCCCCGCCCACUUCACCCCACCCCAGUGGUGGACUGGGACUCCAGACCACUCCCUCCUCCCCCAGCCUACGACGAUGUAGCACAAGACGAGGACGACAUCGAGGUGUGCUCGAUCAACAGCGCCGAGCGAGCGCCCGAUGAGCCAGGCUCCCCAUGCGGCCCCUGCAGCCCAGCAGGCGAGGAUCGGCCUCGCGUGGAGGACAACCUGUUCCUCCCCAGCCAGCAGAUCCACUCCUGCACCUUCUCCCAGUCAGCCGAGAUCUUCCAGGAGCUCCAGCAGGAGUGCAUGCGCCGCCUCCGCGUCCCCAGCGUGAGCUGCCCAAGCCCGAGCCCCGAGCCGUACCACCACAUCGUGCUCUCUGCCUGCGAGGACAAGCCCCAGGUUCCACCCCGCGUGCCCAUCCCGCCCCGCCCCCCGAAGAGUACAGCCGGCGAGUACGCCCGCUGGUCCGGGGACCUGUCCCCGGUGUUCGGGGGCGAGGACGAAAGGGAGAGGCCUCCCCGUAUCCCCCCGCGGGACCCCCUCUCCCAGCCAGGCUCGCGUACGCCCAGCCCCCACGUGGGGUCGCCACAAGGCCGUACCACCUACUGCACCUCCGCCCCCAUCUACGGCUCCGCGUACCUCUCCACCUCCCCGGGCAAGCUCAUGCCCACCACACAGAGUUUCGCCUCAGACCCCAAGUACGCCGCACCCAAGGUCAUCCAAGCACAGGGAAAGGACAAGGAGCCGGCCAAGGGGCCCUGCAUUCUGCCCAUCGUCCGGGAUGGCAAGAAGGUAAGCAACACGCACUACUACCUCCUGCCCGAGAGGCCUCCAUACCUGGACCGCUACGACAGGUUCUUCAGGGAGGCGGACACCGGCAAGGCCGAGGAAAGGAGGCCCAUCAACACGGCCACCGUCCGACCCAUGGUGCAGCAGCACCAGCAGGGGGAGCUCAAAUCCAACUUCUCCUCCAACAACAACAGCAACGUGACUGGUUUUGUGGUCAAAGGGGCCAACAAGAGCCUGGCCAGGGUGAGCGUUGACGGUUCAGUGAGCAGGGCUGAAGGAGCCUGCACUUCUGACAGAGUCAGACUGGUGCAGGAGGCAGUACACGGGGUGACGACAGAAGAGUGUCGGGAGGCCCUGCACAACCACAGCUGGAACGUGCAGAAGGCUGUGCACCAUCUGAAGGUGGAGCAGCUCUUCUGCCUGGGUCUGAAGACCAGGGUGGAGUGCCAUAAGAUUCUGGAGACAUGUGACUGGAACCUGGAGCUGGCCAGCACUCAGCUCUUAGACUCUUACGGCUCGGUGAAACAGAGGCGGUGAGGAAGAGGGGUGGGGGGCCCUUCCUACUCCUCAGAGACUCAGCGUGUUCUCAGUGAGGCGCGCGAGGCUGGAGGUGGAGGAUCCCUUUCGCCGCCACGUGACCGCUCACUUCUGCUAUAACAAGAGAGUGAGUGACUGCCCUCAUGCCCAAUCGUGACUGAGCAAGUUCAUCUAGAACCCUUCACGCAGUGCACAGCUGAGUACGGAGCUCCGAGUCCCAACAGUCUCCGUAUCUGCUGCGGAGUAGAAAAGUAUAGAAACCAAGAUGCUGCUGGUUCAUUCUUGUGGACUCUUAUUUUUUUAUUUGACAAAAUGUUUUAUUUGAUAAAUACAGAACAGACAAUCAGAUGGAGGGUUAUACGUUUGUUUCAGAUGUUAAAUGUGUUUGUUUUUUUUUCAUGUUGGUUGACUGCAAAAGAGAAAGUUUAUUGACAUGUAAAUUAAGUAUGAAUGUUUUUUGGCUUUUUUUCCCGGCGACGUUUAAUCGUCCAAAACCAUCGUGCUGACGUUCCGUCAUUUCCCACAGUGCUGUUUUGAGGUAGACUGCUCCCUCUUUCUGUGAUGCAUGGAAAAUCCUGCCCCCGACUGGCUGUUGAGUCAUCACCAGCGUCGCAUUGCCCGCAGAUGUAGAGGUCACUCCCUGCACCACACAGUCAUGAUGAUGCCCUCACUGAGCAGCAAGUCACUUUGUGGAGGAGAGAACUUAAUCUUCCAAGUCUGGAAAUGCAGUCACUCGCCUUUCUGAUGGGCUGCCAGUGAAACAUGACACACUAGCACAGCUGAGAAAUGUAUGCAGUGUGUUAACCAGGUCCACAACACGAGGAGCCCAGUUUAAAACUACAAACCUGAAAGCACAGUAUUGACCAGCCAAAGUACAAACAGCUAAUGGAGAAGGUCCAUUGUUUUUAUAUCUUCUGCUCAGCUGUCCCAUGUAAGCAAUAAACAAUGGCCUUAAUUUUUCUUGGCUAAUAGUGCAAGAAUGAAACAAUUUAAAUGCUCAGAGGAUCAGGGAAUCCUCUGGGGAGGGAAGUGAGCAGCACAUCCUGUAACAAAGUUUUUCCAUAGUUCCAUUGAACUAUGCCCUACACUUUAUAGAGCAGUGUAUUUAAUUUCUGCUUUAACAAUUGCUUCAGUCCAAAACCAAUUUCCAAACGAGCCGAAGUCCUGAAAGCGGUAGACCCAACGGAAGACCAACCAUGGUGUGAAGCUUUUUCAGCUAGAGCUGAUCUAACAAGUUACUGCAGCAGUUAUUGAAAAGCGAGCCCAAUCUAACCAGUAUCAGGGACUGCUGUCAUAGACACACAAGCCUCGCAGCAGUUGCAUGCAGGUAUCUUCCAGCGAACAGCUCAUCAUUCAGUCCCGCGGUUCCCAAACGAAGGGCUAAAUUCCUUUCAUCCGCAGUGUACCACGCUUAUGCUCCGCGAACACACGGUUUAGUGGGUGUUGUGUAGAUCAGUCUCCAAACCCUGAGGCCUAGGUUGAUGAGCUCUUGAUAUGCCUACCUCUUGGCACCUUGUCUGACUGAGGUGGGGUUCUCUGUGACCCCCGAACCCCAGCAGUGUUGGGUUCUCCUCGAUCUCCUGGCCGGACCAGUCCAUGCAGCCUCCAGAGGUGAUACCCUCCAUGGUGUCGCUGAACAACCAUACUGAUGCUUCCAGCUCAAAGAAAGCCAGUGGGACUAUCAUCUGAGCGUGCAGUCAACCAUGAAACCCUGUAACAGAGUUGAUACUUUAUGCUGUAGCGGUAGGCCUGAAAACCACAUUGUGGUAUUACCCAAUUCUCUUGCCCUCUAUUCCAGUUUAUAUUGAACUGUUCUCUGUCAUCCUGUCCAUCAUGUUUGUACAUGCCAAACACUGUCUGUUUGUUCCUGUUCCCUGAAUGACUGUUUAGAUUAGAGCCUUGGUGUUUAAACCCUCUUAGGGGUGUGUGUAUGUGUAUGUGUGCGUAAAAUGUAUGUAUUUUUUAUUAAAAACAACUAUUUUUAAUCUU